AUGUCUGAAGAAGUUGCCCCUGGACGCAGCCCCGAUGCAAAGGGCUUCGUUCCCUUGCGCGCAAUCGCACGCUUCAUUAGAAAGAUGUGCACGCGUCCCACGACGAGGCGUGCCACAUCCGAACCCGACGUUGACCUCGAAAGCUUUUUGGAGCACAUCAACGACCGUGCGGACCUUCCCAGGCCGUGCUUCACCUAUGCCGUUGUGCUUCUGAAGCACCUUGCUGAGAGGUAUGCCGGAAAAAUCACUCCAAACAAUAUCAUACGUGUCACCUUUGCUUCUAUUAUCGUCGCGGCCGGGAUGCUCCAGGACAUAACCUACAACCUCGACGCUUGGGCUGACAUCGGAAACAACUAUUACUCGAAGACCCAACUCUGCACCCUGCAAACCCAGUUUCUCCAGAGCCUGGGGUAUGAGGUCCACGUCAUGAUUGACGAGUAUGCGCGAAUGAAUAAUGACAUUCUCGUGUAUAAUGAUGAGAUAGAGAGUGUUGAAACAAAUUGA